CUUGUCGAGUCAGCAACAGUCAAGGUGAGCAUCGUUGCCUACAUUGCAGGCAAGCCUACAGCACGUUGAUUUCGAGGGGAGGGUGAGCGCCUGGCGGCGAGGGAGGGGUCGAGUCACUGCAGGUGAUGGAAUACGCUGGCCAACAAUGACUUGGAUUCGGACGCUCAGUCCAGGGCCUUUUGUGACUUGCAUGGGCGCUCAAAGAGCUUGGGAGGAGUAGCUGUACAUUGCAGAAUGACUCUGAUGCUGCUUUUGCGAGAGGAGAGCAGGCCAUCUAGGCAGACUGUUACUUGUAGCAGUAAUAUGCCUGCGACUGGGUAUGCAGCUUAGACAGGCUAGCUUCUCUCCGUGUUACAAAAGGGAGCAAUUGAGGAGCGCAUUUGAAUGGGAGGUCUGAUGCAUCGUGUCCAUUUCAGGUAACAUAUCAAGAUGGUUAAUCUUCGCUCUCAAAAGAGGCUCGCUGCCUCCGUUCUCGGUGUCGGCAAGCGUAAGGUCUGGCUCGACCCAGCAGAGCAGACCGACAUUGGCAAUGCCAACUCGCGUGCCAACAUUCGCAAGCUCAUCAAGGAUGGCCAAAUCAUCAAGAAGCCGGUCGUUGGUCACUCCCGAUCGCGCACCCGUGACCUCCACGCUGCCAAGCGGCUUGGAAGGCACACUGGUACCGGUAAGCGCAAGGGUACGAAUGAGGCCCGUAUGCCAACCAAGGUCCUCUGGAUGCGACGUCAGCGUGUUCUUAGGCGGCUGCUUCGGAAGUACAGAGAGUCGGGAAAGAUCGACAAGCACCUGUACCACGAGCUUUACCUGAAGAGCAAGGGUAACGUCUUUAAGAACAAGCGUGUUCUCAUGGAGCACAUCCACAAGGCUAAGGCAGAGAAGACCCGUAGCAAGCACCUCGCAGACCAGAUGGAGGCACGUCGUCUCCGCAACAAGGCUAUGCGCGAGAGGAGGACGCUGCGUCUGGCCGAGAAGCGGGCGGCUGUCAACGCUGUCGAGCUCGAGGCCGAGGAGAAGAAGUAAAUGCACACUUGAAUUGCGCAUGCUUCACUCUUACGUCCAGCGACGUACGGGAAGGGUUUCCGUGUCAUCUCAAGCGGACACGCAUUCAUGGUGGCUGAGAGUUAGGGCUAGAGCACACAAGGACAUGUGCAUGGCUUCGCGGAGCACGGAAGGACGGCAAUUUGCGCAUUGCACAUGCCCGAUCUUCUGCAGCUGCUUGUCAUGCACUCACGCUUCGCACUUUCAACGCAAACUUUGGCAUGCAACCCUCAUCUGCCUCACACCCACAUGCAUCCAACCCUUCAAAACUCAGUCCCGGUCGAGCAGACCAGGACCUCU